ACUUCAACCCUCCCUCUCGCAUGCUCCGACUCCCAAACGAGAGCUUUUCUGUCUGUCUGUCUGUCUGUCUGUCUGUCUGUCUGUUUUUUCACACGCCAGGAGCUCGCGUGCAAUCUUGAGCACAAAUCAAAUAAGCGUGCGCACGAGCGAGAUUUGACAAGUAUGGAGCUGACUUUUGCACUUACAGUCAUUUGCCUGCUUUUGCCUUCACACGCGUCGACUACUAAUUUUGUUUUGGAGCCCUAUGAUCUGCUUUUUGACACGGCGGUAGAAGCCUAUUAUAACGGGGACUGGCUCUCGGUAAUCCUGAACAUGGAGAAGGCUCUCCGGAACAGAGCUACAGUCCGCAAGGUAAAGGCGGAUUGUCGACUCGGAUGCGCCAACCAGAGCGCUUUCGAAGAUCCCACCACCGGCUUCGGAAUUCCCAUACCCGGGGCUGGAUCUGUGGAGGACUUGGCUUUCUUCUGGAAAAUUCUGAGACGCGCAGACUGUGUGAAUUCUUGCCAAGCUGACAAACUUGGUCAAGCAACUUUGCAUCUGGUCGGUCAAGCGGUGGAGUUGGAGUUUAAGAGGAGGAGCCCUUACAAUUAUUUACAAGUCGCAUAUUUCAAGAUCAAUAAACUGGACAAGGCAGUGGCAGCAGCCAGCACAUUCUUUCAAGCAAACAAAGAUCACAUGGAGAUGAGACAGAACCUGGACUACUACGGCACCAUGUCAGGAGUGCGGCAAGAGGACUUCAAAGAUCUUGAAGCCAGGCCGCACAUGGCCAACUUCUUGAUGGGGAAGAGUUACUACAGUGACAACUACUUCAGUCUGGCAGCCGAGCACUUUGAGGUGGCUGUAAAGGAGUACUUCACUGCUAAUGAAGAGUGCAGAGCGCUUUGUGAGGGAAGCUACAACUAUGACGGCUAUAAUUACAUGGAGUACGAUGCUGACCUCUAUCAGACAAUGACAGACCAUUACAUCCAGGUGCUGAAUUGCAAGCAGCGCUGUUCCGUGGAGCUGGCCGUUGAUGCUGCCGGGAGUGACCAGCCCUUGGAGGAUUUUCUUCCCUCCCACUUCAACUACCUGCAGUUUUCCUACUACAACAGUGAAAACUAUGAGCUGGCCAUCGAGUGUGCAAAGACCUACUUGCUCUUCCACCCUGAUGAUCAAGUGAUGAAACAGAAUCGGGAUUAUUAUUCAGCCGUCCUGGGAUCGGACAAGUUGAUAGCAGCGAGACAGAUUGUGAAGCAGUUUGUUCAGCGUUCCCUGCUGGAGAAAGAAUUGAUGUACUUUGGAUACGAAGCGUUUGGAAGGACAUUUAUUGAUCCCGAUACCUGGACUCCCGAAGAUAUCAUGCCAAGAAAGCUGAAAGACAAACAGAAGUCUGACAGAGAGACAGCAGCGAGGAUUACAGAGGAAAUAGGAAACCUGAUGAAAGAGAUUGAAACUCUGGUCGAGGAAAAGAAGAAGGACUCGACAGACUUGGCAAACGUGGUCGUAGCUACGCAAGAAGGUGGAAGUCCGAUUUAUGACAACGUUAAAGUGAGCAUGACGUCCGUGCAGUUGAACGGCUCUCAACGGGUCUUGCUCGACGGGGUCAUCGCCGAUGACGAGUGCGCCGAGCUGCAUCGUCUUUCUAACGCCGCUGCCCUCAAAGGCGAUGGCUACCGGGGACAGCCUUCCCCCCACUCCGCCGGGGAAAUGUUCCAGGGAGUCACAAUUCUCAAGGCUCUGAAGCUGGCCCAAGAAGGAAAGGUUUCGCUCAAGGCCGUCCGUCUGUUCUCCGAUGUAGGCGAAAAGGUGAGGAGGGUUCUGGAGUCCUACUUUGCCUUGGCUUCCCCGCUCUACUUCUCCUAUUCGCAUCUGGUGUGCCGAUCGGCGAUUGAGGGGAAGCAAGAAACACGGAACGACCGUCUGAGCCACUCCGUUCACGUUGACAACUGUCUGCUGGUUUCGGAGCUCAACGAGUGCUUCAAGGAACCGCCCGCGUACACGCAUCGAGAUUUCAGCGCGAUACUUUACCUGAACGAUGACUUUGAAGGAGGCGAUUUUAUUUUCACCCAAUUAGAUGCCAAAUCCGUCACGGCGGUAGUCCGCCCGCUGUGCGGCCGCGUCGUCGGAUUCGGAGCGGGAAAGGAAAACCCGCAUGGCGUGAGGGCGGUCACAAAGGGACAGAGGUGUGCUGUGGCACUGUGGUUCACCUUGGAUCCGGCUCAUGAGGACAAGGAAAGACUUCAAGCUCAGCAUAUGUUUGAGACGUUUGCUAGCGCUUUGAUGCCAGGCUUUGACUCAAAAGGGCCAAUGCUGACAGAAUUAGUCAGAGAGACUGAGCAGGCAAAAGCAAAUCAUCAACAAGGAGCUCCAGAUGGGGAGGAGCAAGUUGAAACGUAUCCCGUACAAACUGAAAAAACGCUUGAGGUCAAGAAAGACGGAAUUCAACCUGCUGACAUAGACGGACAAGACACACUCAAAACAAAAGUCGAGGAGUUGGAGCCAAAAAAUGCCGGCAAAAUGGAUCACAAGACCCCAGGCUCUCACGAUGGCAAGGAGGAGUUGUAAUGGCAUUUUCUCAACAAGUGACAAUACAGUGGGGUUUUUUUACAAAAAU